AUGCUAGGGUCUCCAAAAGGCCAAGACUUUGAUGACCGUUUGCUUCACAUCCUGGAGAUUGGCCGCGACUGCGUGGACAUCGAAUUGGUGCGAUGGGCAGUGCGUGCAUCACCGGACACUGACUUGCAUUCGCUGCUGCAAUCCCGCAAAGAUCUUUGUGGGGGUAGCAAUCAGAAAACUGGCUUGGUGCGUCCUCUGGGAAACCCAGCGGUUGGGCCGCAUUCUCCACGGAGCGCGUAUCCAGAAUUGAUGGCAUUGAACGGUCUGAUCUCUGCUAUGCUGGACAUUUAUGUUCACAAUGGGAACAAACAUGUUUCUUAUUGGCAGCUGCAUGACCAGAUAGAUUGGGACGGUGACAAGUUCGUCUGCUUGAAAGACCAUUUCACUUUGCCACGGCUGCUAGCUUGCUUCUCCCUGUUUGACCACAACUUUGCAGGGCAAACAUGCGCCUUGAGCAAGCGCAACUAUGCCGUGUGGGGUGCUGAGCGAGUGAUGAAAAACAAAUUGCAUAUUUGGCAGAAUGGACUCUAUCCAGAACCGCUGGCGCAGAUGGAAUUUGAGGAACCUUCUGCCAAAGGGCCUCCAAAAGAAGGAACAUUCCUCAGCUUGGUGGAGGUGAUGCGGCAACUGCGCUGGACGGCCGACUUUGCGCCGCACGUGGGCGACAUGCUGGAGUGGGUGUGGCAAACCCCGGGCUUGGAGCUGGGGAUUCGGGCCUGCGCAGCCGAAAGCGCAUCAAAAGACGCUCGCUGGGAGGACAAGGAUCGGAGCGAGAAAGGGGCCUUGCAUGCCCUCGCAGAGCGUUUGGUGACACGGCCCAACUGCUCCGAGCACAUAGCAGCCUUGCGCGGCAGUGUCCAUUGGCGGGACUUUGGAUUGGGGCCGUUGGAGAAGUUUGUCAGGAAGUACACAGCUUGGUUUGAGUUGCGAGGGGAUCACAUCACGCUGUGCCGAAGAAAAGCGGCCACAAACCAACCCGUGCGCGACGAUGUCGAGGCUGCCAAGGCAACUGAGGCCCAAGAUAGUGAGGUGGAAGAGAAUGACGAUUCCGAUUCGGGCAACGAAACCAACUCGGAGCCGAAGGAUGUACACAAAUUGCCCGUCAACCGCUUGCCUCGGCCCUUCGCUAUGGUCGAAGGACUUCCGUAUCAUGAGAUAUGCCAACAACAAGCCCGCAACGCACCAACUGAUGGUCUGCCUGCAGAUGUGGCAUUGCCGACGCUGAACAAUGAUUUGUCGCUGUUCCAAAAGCUGGGAGAAGACUUGCAAAAUUAUGUGCAAAGGUGCGGUUUGAGACCGCAGGACACAGAGCAUCGAUGCUGGGUUCGGUCACAAAUUCAGCAGGCGCUGAAGGAUAGCGCGUUUCGCCAGAAAUUUCCGAAUUUUGCGAUCACGAUGUUUGGAACGUCCGCAAGUGGGCUUGCUCGUAGAGAUUCUGACCUGGAUUUGCUUCUGGAUGUGGAUGGCGAAGGAAACUGCUUGUUGCAACGUGGUGAUGUGGGCUUUGUGCUGCAGCUCGCGCAAGAAGUGCUGGCGAGAGCAGGUGCUGAAGAGUUGCAAAGCAUCCCGCUUGCCAGGAUCCCUCUGCUGCGCGGGCUGAUGCAUGGUGCCCGUUUCGACCUCUCGCUGGGCACACGCUGUGGGCUAUGGAACACAGCUUUCCUUCAGCAGUGCGUGCAGCGGGAGGCUCGCAUGGUGGGCCUAUGCAGCUGCGUGUCUGCCUGGAGCAAAGCGCAGGGGGUCAACGAUUCGCCCAACGGCCUGCUGAGUACAUACUCCUUGCUCUUGCUGGUGGUGUUGUUCCUGCAGCUGCGAGGGCUGCUCUCUGUUCCCGACGAGGUUUACGAGGCCCCGACUGAGCCGUCGGAGCUGCCGCUGGAGCCGCCUGAGCCGGGCAGUCUGGGCAGACUCGUUGCAGAGUUCUUUGCCUUUGCUGCCAGUUUCCGGUGGGACAGCUGGGUGGCCUCUGUACGCCUGGGCGCCGUGUUGCCGCGCUCUGCCAAGAGCCGUGCCUGGCGAGUGGCGCCGCUCUGUGCGGAGGCCGGCAACUUUCCUUUCUGCACCAUCGACCCCAACAUGGGCAAAGCUAAGGUUCCAGACGAGCGGCUGGAGAAGCUCGCAAGCCUGGCAAAGUCGGAAAAAACCAUCCACGAGAUGAUCGAGUACGUAGAUAUUGCCGGUCUUGUGAGGGGUGCUUCAAAGGGUGAGGGUCUUGGCAACCAGUUCCUGGCCAACAUCCGAAAUGUAGAUGCCAUCGUGCAUGUCAUCCGAUGCUUCGACGACGAGAACGUCACGCAUGUGGAUGACACCGUGGAUCCGGUUCGGGAUAUUGAAACUAUCAAUUUGGAGUUGAUCUUCGCUGAUGCGGAGCAAUGCGAAAAGCGGUUGAAGAAAGUGGAUCGAGAGAUAGUUGGCCAGGUGAAGGGAGCAAAAGAGGAGAAGCAGGCUUUGCAGAAGGUGCUGGAGGUCCUGGAGGCGGGCCAGCCGGCGCGAGCGGCCAAGAUGUCGGAAGCCGAACUGGACGCCAUCAAGGACCUCUCCCUGCUGUCCUUGAAGCCGGUACUUUACGCCGCCAACGUGGCGGAGGAAGAUUUGGCUGAGGGCAACGACUAUGUCAAGGCAGUGCAGGACUUUGCCAAAGAGGCAAACGACCAGGUGGUGCUGGUCUCUGCUCAGGUGGAGGCAGAGCUGAAAGGUUUGGAUGAGGAUGAGCGUGCAGACUACUUGGAGAGCUUAGGGGUGAAGGAGAGUGGCUGUGGAAAUUUGGUGCAGGCCACAUACAGGACGCUUGGAUUGCGGACGUACUUUACUUGUGGGCCAAAGGAGUCCCGAGCAUGGACGAUUCAAGAGGGCUGGAAGGCACCUCAGGCAGCUGGUGUGAUCCACAGCGAUUUUGAGAAGGGCUUCAUCAAGGCCGCCACGGUCAGCUACGAGGACUUCGUGGGUUGCGGUUCUGAAGAGGCGGCGAAAGAGAAAGGCAAGCUCCGCAUCGAAGGGAAGGACUACGUGGUGCGCCCCGAGCUGUGGGCAAACAACGCGGCAUUGCGGAUGUGCGAGUACCAAGACAAGGCAGACUGGACAGAAGGCGAAAAUGCAGUUGACGAGCCUCAUCCAGGACUGCCAACGCAGCCCCUACCAAUGCCCAGAGGCCUGAGCGCUGCUCAGCUCUGCUGCUUUUGUUUCAAGGUGCUUCGCGCACACUUGGAGUGCCUGCCGCUGCCCCGCUGCCCCACGCUGGAUGGGUUCAAGGCGCCUUUGUUCGUCACAUGGCUGAAGCCACGAGGCGGUGUUGUCAGCAACUCUGAGCUUGAGUUGCGCGGCUGCAUUGGGUGCUUGGAGCCUAUCCACUUUGACAACGGCCUCUCCGAGUACGCUAUCCGGAGCUCUACGAAGGACAGGCGGUUUCCUCCCGUGAAGUUGGACGAGGUGCCUUCCCUGACCUGCCGGAUUUCCAUCCUACACAACUUUGAGCCUUGUGCACAUGCCUUCGACUGGCAAGUCGGCGUGCAUGGUGUGCUGCUCAACUUCUCUGCGCAGGGCAGGCGCUUCUCUGCCACCUACCUGCCGGAAGUCGCCAAGCAACACGGAAUGACUCGAGAAGUUGCCAUCCGUGAGCUGGUGGCCAAGUCGGGCUAUGCAGGGCCUUGCAACCAGGAAAUUCUAGACUGCUUGGAGGUCACUCGCUAUCAAACAAUUGUGGAGAGCGUGUCCUAUCAAGACGUUGCAAGCCAUGGAUAG